CGGUAUGAAUUCAGUCAACUAAAAUUAAUGCAUUAAAUUGAUUUUAUUUAAUUUAGUGAAUUUGUCUUAAUAUUCAAUGGAUGCAUUCAAAUAAAUAUCUAUAUUUCUUCUUCUUUAUUAGUUAGUGUGAAAAAGGUUGUUGAAAAUUAAAGCCAUCCCUCUUUCCCCCCUCCAUCCUGUAUUUAAAGUCCCACUGCACAAUACUCCAAGAAACAGAGAAGGAAGAAGAGAGACAGAAACAUGAUAUAUACAUAAGAUGAGAUCUGCAAAUUUGAAAAGGAAGAAUUGAAGGAGGUAGCAAGCAAUGGGUGAUUUGGUAAUAUAUGUGGGGGAUGAUGAUUGUGAAAUAGUUUGUGGUGCAAUGUGUUUCUGCAGAAUUUGCCAUGAAGCAGAGUUUGAAAGCUCCAAGAUCUUGGAAGCUCCUUGUGGAUGUUCUGGGACUCUCAAACUGGCACACAGAGACUGCAUACAAAGAUGGUGCAAUGAAAAAGGAAACACAAUUUGUGAAAUUUGUUUACAGAAGUUUGAAGAUGGCUACACGGCUCCACCUCCCAAGAUUCUUCACACACCACCUGUCACCAUUUGGGAAAGCUCGGAAAAUCCAAGAAUAGAAGAAAAUCCGAGAGUGGCGGGUGAAGAAGAUGAACGAUGUUCAUUGAAUGUUGUACGUAAAUUUGCCUCUCGUUGUCGCAUAGUUGUCCUCAUUCUGGCAUUUUUGCUCCUAAUGGGGCAUCUCUUUGAGUUGGUCGCCGGUGAAGCAAGACGUUACCCAUUUUCACUUACCACGGUUGUGGUUAUAAAGGCCGUUGGCAUACUGCUGCCAGCAUACCUGCUAAUUCGUAUAAUCACACUUAUCCAGAAUGGUGUAAUUAGGCAGCACCAGCAUUUGGUUAGUGAUCGAAUUACGUACUGAUUUUGGAGACACAAUUGGCUAUCAUAUCGCAAUUAAUUGAUUUUAUUUUUAUUUUGAAGUAAUGUACAAUUAUUUUAUCUGAUUGUAUUAAAAAUUGAAGAUGUAUACAUCAUGUGGUGUAACCAAUUUAAGUCAUUGUGAAAUGAAUUUAUUUGUUACGUUUAUGUGUGUAUAUGUUUGGGAGACAACAAAAUUCUAUUUUUUUCACUAUUAUAUGUUCGCUCUUUGUCAUUA